ACUUAUAUCUUGCAAUAUGAUAAAAUAUUUAUCAAAAAUAUCACCAGAAAAGGAUAUUAUUUAGUUAACGUUUUCUACGCUAGAGUUCGAUAUAAGGAUUACAAUUUGAAACAUGGCACAAUAACGCGCCACUACUUCUCUGAUCGUAGAUCUUCUGUAACACAUCCGACCGCGCGUCGGAAUUUCAAAUGUUCCUUACGUUAAUCCCAACGAAAUGUCUCGUGUACUGAGUUUUCUCACAAGAAGUGACAUUGAAUUGAAAUUAAAUAUAACACCGAACGAUAAAGAGUUAACGCCCUGUUUAAUUGUCAAAAAUGGCUAACCAUUGAAUUUUUCUUUUGAUGAUUAGUUUACAAAUAAUAAUACUACAAGUAAUAAAAUUUAUUCGAAGGAAAAUAUUUAACCUAAAAUAAAAAAAAAGAAAUCGUCUAUCAAUACGAUCAUGCCGCGUAUAAAAGCAUCGCCUAAAAAAUGUGUCAAAACUGGUAAUUUAAAUCCUGCAACGAACACUUGGGUCUUUCUUAUGAAAGGAGAUGGUUUAGAGGGAAAAGAUGGAAAUUUACCAAACGUAGUUAAACUUAGACAUCCAGCGUCGAAUCAGCCAGCUAUGUUUGUCUUUAGUCCUGGUGAUCUUAUGGUACAAGAAGUUCUAGCAUUCGACGAAAACAGAAGAUCAUGGUUUAUAGAUGAUAAUGUUAAGUCUGAUGGUAAAAUGCAUCUUUCAACUCCAAUUGAUCCAAUCUUUUUAGUUUUGCCAUAUCUAAGAAAGUCGCCGCAAAUACAGCCUCUUGAUCAAUGUUUAUGGGAUGAAGAUUAUCCAGAAACACCUCGCUUAGCUCAUUGCCAAAAUUUGAAGUUAUCAUUAGUUGCAGAUCGAAAGGGUGAUGAAUCUCUUCAAGCUUUCAAAUACAACGAAGAAAAAACAUUAAACUGGUUGAAAAAGAAAGUAGAAAGAGUAGCUGAAGUUUUAAAACAGAAGAGCAUUCAUGUAUCACAGGGAGCUAUAAGUGCUACAUACGUUAAAAGUACUAAAUAUGAAAGUGGUACUGAACUAGAAUAUUUGAAGUAUGCACAUGGUAUAGUAUCUGAAUAUUUGGCUGAUGAUAUAGCAAAAAAAUUAUUACAGUAUUUAAAUAUACCAGAGGAAGUAGAAAGAAAACGUAAAUUGAGUAAUCCUAAGCAAGUAACCGAUGAGAAGAAAUUCAAGAGAGAUACUUCUGAUGAAGAUUUAACUCCACGUACCAAAGCUUUGGAUCUGUCAAAACCUGAAAAGCCUCAGAAAGCUCCAACAUUAAAUAAAAAGGAGCUUGCUAGGCAAAAAGCAGCAGUUGGAUCUAAAAAUAUUACUAGCUUUUUUAAAAAAAAAUGAAUUUUACUAAGUUAGAAAUUAUAAAUAAUUGGAGACUGUAUUAAUAGGUUAUAAUGGAGUACUUGCAUUCCUGUAAAAGUUAUUCCUAAAAAAACUGCUAUGUCAGAAUGUUAUAUGAUUUUACAAUAUGUAUGUGCAGUCUUAAUUACUUUACUGUAAUGUUGUCUUUUUAUCAAUAGUUAAAUAUCUGUAUUUUAACUUGUUGAAGACUGCUUGUAAAAAUAUUGUUAGUAAUCUUAUAAAAAAUCUUGUUUUUAUAAUAUAAUGUAAAUGAUAUGUAAUGUUUUAAAAUGACAGGAUGAAAAAACAUAUUGUGAUUUCAAG